AUGUUAUUCCUCGCUCUGCUCAGCACUCUCGCGAUCGCGAUCGCGUCCGCUCUUGCAGUACCGACCGUCGAUCUCCUAAUCGACCACACUUUCCCCAACACCGGUCCCCUAUCCCCGCACCAAACACUCUCCUCCGUCUCAGCGCACAAAGGCCGUCCCUUCCAUUUCGGCUCAUCGCUCAACAUCACCAUCCCGCAUCCAGGCUGGCCGGAGAAAGUCUUCAGCGACUUCUUCAAUCAUGUCGUUGCGGAGAACGGGUGUAAAUGGGGUGAGGUUGAGAGGGUGAGAGGGGUGAGUGAUUUGAGGGAGUGUAGGGAGGUCGGAGAGUUUGCGAGGGAGGUCGGAGGGUCGUUUAGGGGGCAUAAUACGUUUUGGCAUACGCAUUUGCCCAGCUGGCUCCCUGGCAACUUCAGCGCCCAUACCCUCGUCAACAACAUCAUCCCCACACAUGUCCGCGCAGAGAUCAGCGGUAUGGGUCCAUCGGUCACAUCAUGGGACGUGGUGAACGAAGUCGUCGGCGAUACCGUUACGAGUGGUAUGACGCCGCUCGAGUGCGUACAGAACAAAGACGUCUGGCCUACCGUCGUGUCCGAUGGAUCCAGUGUUCCGCUCGUGAGGGAUCUGUCGUUUCUGUAUGCAGCGUUCGGCGCUGCUUUUGAUGCGGCGGGUCCAUCAACUCGUCUCUCAAUGAACGACUACAAUACAGGCGCCGACGACGCAAAGACGGCGUGCAACAUCGCUCUCCUCAAAGACAUCCAGAAGAACACCAACAUACCCUCCAACCGCCUCGCUCUAGGCUUCCAGUCCCACAUCAACGAAACGACCUUCGUGAGCAAGGCUCAACUUGCAAAGACGUUUGCGGGACUUGCGGAGCUUGGCGUUGAAGCGAUGAUCACGGAGAUCGAUAUUACGCUCAACUCGAGUGCUGAAGAGGACUUGAGAUUUCAGGCGGCGAUAUGGGGCGACUACAUAGACGUUUGCCUCUUCGCAACCAACUGCCACGAGUUCAUCAACUGGGACUCUCGCGACGACGAGUCGUGGCUCGGAGGACAAGCCAUCGCUACUCUGUUCGAUAAGAAUGGCGAUCCGAAGCCGGCGGCGUAUGAAGUUGCCGCGCGGUUGAUGCAUUUUGCGAGGGGUGGGGAGGAGGUGUGUGCGACGGCGCGGGGCGUUGAGAGGUGCAGAGUUGGGUGA